UUUUAGUUUUUUUGAAACAUUUUUUGUUUGAAUGCGUAUUUGUUACUUUUCGAAAGUUUUUUUUCAACCAGUAUUUCUUGUCUAUUCUGUAUUUUAAUAAUUCUUUUACUAGUCAGAACAAAAUUUUCUGAGAUUGUUUAUACUUUUUCCUUACACUGUAUAUCACUUAUAUACAGCGUUAUAUUUGGAGUUUGUUUCGUAGCUACCGUUUCGGAGAACAUAGAAUCAACGUCAAGGGAAACCAAUUCAGAAAAUAUCGAAGUCGCGAGUGCCGAAUGUGGAAGGGAACGAGAUUUAAGUUAUUUAAACAAUGAAAUUGAGAUUGAUUUUGAAUAUAAUAUUGACCAUACAAACUUUGACCCAAGCUUUGACCAUACAAACUUUGACCAUACAGAUGAAAUUAUGCAGGAAUCACACGAAAUACAAACUGAAAGUGAUGGAAACAAAUCCAAUAGAGAAGAUGAGAAAACAAAUGAUAGAACGCAAAAUCAGCUUAGACUACGAUGGGCAAUAACCAAGGCAAUAUCACAUAGGAAGAAUGAAAAUGGGUCUUUAGACCAGAAAAUCAUCAACUUAAAACGGGACAUGAAUAACUCGAUAAGUCAUGUUUUUGACGAACACCGAGAAUGUCAGGAUUUGGGAUAUUUUUGUUACAAGGCCUAUAACGAAAAUAAUGUUUUAAAUGAUUUAAAAUCGACUGAUUUGUACCAGAAACUGUGCACUUUCAAAAAUUAUUUAGUACGCCAUGCUGAGAGUCUAAUCCAUGAUGUGGAAAAUAAUAGCGUUGAACAGUUUAACUCUGUUAUAGCAAAAUUUAUAGGAGGAAAACGAGUUAAUUAUUGCCAACGACGGUCCUAUCAAAGCAGAUGCGCAGCUGCAGUAGUAAGUCACAAUACAAAGAGAGUAAUCUACACGGCACGUAAACAUCUAUCUCCUGGAAAAAGUCCAAGCAAGUUUUCUAAAAAAAUGGAACUCAGAAGGACAGAAAAAAACCGAAAUAGAAAACCCGCCUGUAGAAAACCGUUGUUUUCAAAAAAGAACACUGAAACUGAAGAUAAUAAAAGUUAUGGAGAAAAAUGUGAAAAACCAGAUAUGACAGAUGAAGAAUUGAGACAUGCCAAAAACGAUUUCAAAGAAAGUUUAUGUAGGAGUAGUGAAGACAUAAAAACCAUUGAAGUUUUGACAAGGCAGCAGCAAAAUUCCGAUCUAUGGUAUUUGGAAAGACGAAAACGGCUGACGGCAUCUAUGUUUGGUGUGGUUUGCCGACGAAGGCCUACAACCGGUUGUAAAUCGUUGGUACAAUCUAUUUUAUAUCCCAAAAAAUUUUAUUCGGCUGCAUGCGACUAUGGCAACAAAUAUGAAUCAGUAGCUAGAAAUGCACUAGAAAAACUUAUUGGCAAAAAAAUUGAACCAUGUGGGCUAUUCAUUGACCAAGAACAACAAUUUCUAGCAGCUUCACCAGAUGGUAUAAUUGAGGAAAAGGGUAUUGUGGAAAUAAAGUGUCCAUAUUCUGCAAGGGAAAUGACCCCUGAAGAAGGCAUAAUAAAAAGAAAAAUUACUUUUUGGGACAAAAAUAGUGUAAUCAAUAAAAAACAUAAGUGGUUUUACCAAGUACAGGGCCAAUUACAUGUAGCUAAACGAUUAUACUGUGUCUUCGCUGUGUGGACGCCCCACGGAUUGAAAACAGAAACUAUCCUUGCAGACGAAUCUUUCUGGUCACAUGAAAUGCAGGAUUACCUUGUAGAUUUUUUUGACAAUUGCCUUUUGCCAGAGAUUGUAGAUUCAAGAGUAGCACUUAGUUUGGUAAUCAUAGAUGACAUUCUAAUUAUGAUAAAUAUUUUAAGUAAACAGCUGCAAUCUGAAAACGGAACAUUGGCAGAAGCUACAAAUAUCAUUAAUGGAACCAUAAAAUCAUUGGAGCAAAAACGUGACGAAAAUGUUUUUGCAAGAAACAUUAGCAGAGUCAACAACGGCUAA